CUUCGUUCAACCCAAAGAACAGCUCUUGGCUGUCUUCUCGACCUCAACCAAAGGUGCUUCUUCCAGUACUGCUAGCACUAGUGAGUGCUAUUAUUAUUCUACCUGUAAGUUUAAUUGGGCAAGAAGGCAGGGUGGCGUUCCUGACAUGACUCCCGAAUCUACCGAAUUUUUCUUGAAACCGGACUUCCUGGUUCGUGACAAUGGUGGCAGUCUCGCGACGUUAGGAAGUCCUCUGGGAUCCAAAAAUAAAGGCUCGAUCAAAAAAAAUCGUAAACCUUCGUUCUUCGAACAGGUUUUCCGGGGAGUAACAACUAAUGUAGAUCGGUACCUAACAAUCAUCUCGUCCCACGAUAAAUACGAGUGUGUUUGGGAGGGUUUUGUCAUGGAUGGCACGUUGUUUUUAAGAGGAAAUGCGAUGGAAAGCGUCAACCUAAAAAAAGAAAGUAUCGUCGCUGUUAUCGAACUCGCUGAAGAAUGCUUAAAAUGUCAUUCUUUAGUUGUAUGUUUUGAAAAGGAAAAGCAAUCUUCAAACCUUUCUAUGAUUACUCGCAUUUUUCUAUAUAUUGGAUUUGAAAUCGUUGCGCCUGGGACUUUCAAUCAUUCCAACGAUUUCAUACUCGUUGGAAUGGAAUUAUAA